CACAGGACAGUGACCCGCUGCAGGCGCCUCUCCCCAUGGAAGAAAUUGAAGCCAGAGAAGCCUGCGACUGGCUGAGAGCUGCUGGAUUUCCCCAGUAUGCACAGCUGUUUGAAGAUAUGCAGUUUCCCAUUGAUGUAAAAACUGUGAGGAGAGAUCAUGAAUUUUUAGAUGGAGAUGCCAUUGAAUCACUGUUCAGAAGGUUGAACACAUUGAACAAGUAUGCAUCAAUGAAAGUGGAAAUAAGCCGUGAUAGGAAACGGAGUGACGACUCUGAAGAUGAUGAGCCUUGUGCAAUAAGUGACCGAUGGGCUUAUGAGAGGUGCAGUCAGCGGUGGUCUCGCAUUGACAGCCUGGCAGGUUCUCCAGCAGAGGAAGGUGCUGGUGCCUCCACCCCAGGCAGUCCAAUAUUGAAGAUCAUCAACAACCAGGACAGUGUCUUUGUGGAUCAUGGUGAGAAGCACGAUGUGUCCUCAAUUCACAGCAGCAGCAGUGCCGACAGUGACACUGCUAACUCCCAAAAACCUUUUGAAGAUGUGGAAACCAGCACGAGUUCCUCAAGAUGUUCCUCAGUUAAGGUACCUUCACUGGACUCUGCUUUUAGUUGUUCUCCUCCCCGCAGUGAAUUUUUAAAAAUCACCAGUGAGGAGAAGCUUUUGGAUAAGUCACCAUCUAAAAAGAGGAAAAGCCUUCUAAAGAAAAUGGAGAAGCUGCACUUAAGGAGCUGCAAUUUAAGGAGUGGUCAGACAAAGGCCAAACCCAUAAUAAGUGAACCUGUUCUUCUGGAAGGACUUAAUGAAGAAAAGAUGAAGAUGCUGAACUGUGUAAAUAUUUCUGACCUCUCUGGCAUCCGAACAAAGAACAAUUCUUCCUUUUCUCCCCGGAGCUGCAAUAGCAGCAAUCAGUCUGUAAAUAGCAGCACAGGGAGCACUCCAAGUCCUGUUAUAAAACCAGGCAGCCCCUGUGAAGGAAGUGGGACGUAUGCAGAACACAUGGACUCCAGCAAGCUGUUGCUGGGGAAUGAUCUAUCCCAGCAAAAUCUAAAACAUGACUUGACAUUACAAAAGAACCAGAUGUUUCAAAUACCACAAGGCCAUAAACCUGGCACUUUCCCCAUGGUACUCACAGAUAGCUCCCUGUCUCCAGCAGACAGCUCUUCAGUCAACUGGAGGACUGGGAGUUUCCACGGGUGCAGGAGGAGCCAGAGCAACAGCGGUUCCAAGGAUCCCAGAGCCCCCAGGAGUCCCUGCUCAGGAAGAAAUAACAGGCUGAGUGUGUAUGACAACAUGCCCAACCCUGACCUGGAGAGCCUGCAGGCAGCACAAGCCAGUGAUGAUGAUGUUUUUUCAGAACUGAACAGUGUCAUAGCAGACGUCAACGGUCUCAAAAAGUUGGUUGAUCAGUGGACAGAAAAGUUGUCAGAUGAUGAGGAUUCUGACUUUGCCAGUGACUUGACCUCUUUGUAUCCACCCUCCCCUAAAGAAAGCUCUCUUGAAACAGAGGGCUCAGAAGAUAAGACAGCAGGGGAGGCUGAGGGAGAGAGCAGCUGUGGCCUGGGCAAGGAGAUUGGUUCUGCAGACCUGACAUACAUCACAGACUCUGCAAAGACCAACAGGCACGGGAAGCAACAGUGGUGUGUGGAAGAGAGUGUGAACCUGGAAAGCCUUUCCCUUCAGACUGAUGGCCAGUCAGCUGCCCAGCUGGCCCGCACACAAAAGCUGGCAUUGUUGAAACUCACAGCUUUAAUGGACAGAUAUUCCCCUUCCAGUAAGCAGGGCUGGAACUGGACCAUACCAAAGUUCAUUAAAAAGCCAAAAGCCUCAGACUACAAGGACAAAAAUGUGUUUGGGGUUCCUUUACUUCUGAAUGUGCAGCGAACAAGCCACCCCCUGCCCAAUGGCAUCCUGCAAGCCCUGGAGUAUCUGAGAAAUCACUUUCUUGACCAGGUUGGCCUGUUCCGAAAAUCUGGUGUUAAAUCCAGGAUUCUGUCUUUAAGAGAAAUGAAUGAAAGCAACCCAAACAAUGUCUGUUACGAAGGGCAGUCAGCAUUUGAUGUGGCAGAUAUGGUGAAGCAGUAUUUCCGAGACCUUCCUGAGCCUAUAUUUACCAGCAGGCUCUGUGAAUCCUUCCUCCACAUCUACCAAUAUGUGCCAAAGGACCAGCAGUUUCAGGCUGUCCAGGCUGCUAUUCUCCUUCUCCCAAAGGAAAACCGAGAAGCUCUCAAAAUCCUCCUGUUCUUCCUGCGAGAUGUGCUGGCUUUUAUUGAGGAAAACCAGAUGACCCCAACCAACAUUGCUGUCUGUCUUGCACCUUCUUUGUUUCACCUCAACACCCUGAGGCGGGACAGCUCCUCCUCCUCAACCAGAUCCAGUCAGAGGAAGUGCAGCUUGGGGAAGCCAGACCAGAGGGAGCUGAAUGAGAACCUGGCAGCAACGCAGGGCUUGGCCCACAUGAUAAUGGAGUGCAACAGGCUCUUCCAGACCGACUUCCCAGCUUGACAACGGCCUUUGCCCGUCAUUGUGGACUUGCCUAGUGAUCCUUAGACUGUGGCUAACCCUGGUUGCUGUCCCUGGACCUGAUCCUGACCUCCCUUGCUGCCUCACCUUCCUGGCUGUGCCUCGGACCUCGUCACUGUGGAUGUGUCUGAUGUUCUUGACUCUUGGCUGACCCUGGCUGCCACCUCCGGCCCAGCUUUGGCAGCGUGGGACAGGGCAGCUGACCUGCCAGCCCUGUUGUCCCACUUGACACCUGGCCCCUUUCCCUCAGGGGUGCUGUCUACACUCCAACAGUCAGCUCAUACCUUCUGAUGCUCUUCUCCAGUUCCUCAUCCUCACUGCCCCAUGGCUCCCCUGCACUGACACGUGGCCCUGCCCCAGGGUUCCCCCAGCACUGAUUCCACAACCAGUGCCUGCCUUCUUAGUGACACCCCACCCCAGGACAGGUUCCCAGGGGUCUGAUCCCUGCAUGGCAUCAGUCUCCAGCCCAGACAGGGCUCCUAAGUGCCCCCUCCACCCCCAGCCCAAGCAUGGGUCCCUGUUUCCCCAGCAGUGGCCUGAGCCCCUCUGCCCAGCUCUGGGGCCCCUUGGGGUGCCCUGACCCGCUGCCUGCCCUGUACCCUCUGGUCAGUCCUGGCAGUAUGGAGCUGGCCCUGUUCCUGGCUGCCCCAUGGAAUAGCCCCAUGGGAACUCUGAGCUACCCUUGCACACAUGGACAUUCCAUACACCCUGCUAUGACCAUUGCUGACUCCAGCCCUGAGCUGUGGGGCUGCCCCUCACCCUGGAGUGCUGGGGUCCUGCUGGUGUGGCCAGGGUCAGCAUUUGGUGCUGAGACUCAGGGAUUGCCUGGAGAGGGCUGUCCCCUUCUGCUGGAGGCCACAGCUCAGUGUGGCAGCCUCUGCUAUGCCCGUCCCUGGAGGAACACCCAGGUGUGCUGCUCUGGACCCAGACUAGGACUGGUCACUGUGGCCACCACUGGACUGCAGCUGGUGCUGCUUCUGCCACUGAACCUGAGCAUGUGUGGCCCCCGUGAGCAGGACUCGGCUCCCGUGAGCAGGACUUGGCUCAUCACCACUGCCACCCCCAGCCUGCCCAGCGUGGCCCCAGGUAGAACUGCUGCCUGCCUCCCCACACCAUCACAGGUGACAUCAAAGGCUGGGUGACCUGCUCAUACCUGGCACCUAAG